AUGCCAAAUAUAAUUGUAAUGGAUAGUGAUUCUGCAAUAGAUGCCUUAACAUUUACACUUGGUAUCCAAUCAAACUCCUUUGUUGAGAGUCAGAAUUUAUGCAUUAAGCAUGUUAUAAAUAAUAGCAAUAUAUCACUUUGUGAUAUUGGAAAGAUAUUGAUAGAGCAUAGCGAAGAAAAACAAAAGCAUAAGCUUUUUGAAGAAUAG